AGCUAUGAAAAAGAAAGAAGAAAACCAAAAACUGCUCGCCAUGCACUAAAUUUCAAGCUGAUAUUGAUUUGAAAAUUAUACCUUCAUCUCAAAUUCCGACCUCAACGUCCUCAUCUCUUACACCCCUGCAGCAUCGUGGAACUAAAGACCACCUCACGGUAAACAAUACCUAUUGAAUGGUGAGAAGAGGGGCGUGGUCAGAGUUCCUACAAGGAUACUGUGACUGUGAGUUAGAGGAGAUCCUCCUGGCUCCCAGAGAUGUUGUUCAACACACUCUCCUCAUUGAUCUGUGUCUCCUGCUGGACUACAAUCUUCAGCUCUGUUCUGCUCUCCUGUCUGAACCAAGGACUGAGCUGUCCGCUCUGAACAGAGCAGCUGUAGAAGCCCAGCACCAGCUUCUCUCCACCUUCCGUCAACAGGACCGUCCUAACGUGACCUCGCUGUCCGUGAAGGAGAGUGUCCAUGUCCGGCUGCACAACUUCCCGAACAUUCCUGAACUUGUCCGCAACAGAGUCCCGGGGUGUGUGGACACUGACAAGUAUCUUAUAGUUAACGGGACUGUUAUAAGGACAGGGAAUACUAAAGUGCUGGAGAGGGUUCAGAUAUGGAGGUGCAGCACGUGUCAAGGUAUAACGGAGACAGAAGGACUGUUAGAGCUCCGUUACAAGCUGACCUCUCCCAAGAAGUGCAGUGUUGAGUCUUGCAAAGGCUACAAGUUCUCUCAUCUUCAGGAUGAGAACAUGCGAUGCACCGACUACCAGGAAAUCAAAAUACAGGAGAAGGUGGAGAGACUGGAUAUGGGAACGAUCCCCAGAAAUAUGACGGCAGUACUGGAGUACGAUCUAGUGGACACGUGCAAGGCAGGGGACGAUGUGACCAUAUUUGGUAUUGUGACACAGAUAUGGGAUACUCCUGUAACUAACACGAGGUGCAGUGUGGAGACUGUAUUACAUGCUAACUACAUUCAGAUCCACAACGAACAGAGAUGCAAUCUGGACGUGACAGAUAACGCCAUCUCCCAACACUACGCCCACUGGCGGCGUUACAAGGACAGGCCCAUGUCCGGGAGAAACCUCCUUCUGGCCUCAUUCUGUCCGGACGUUUACCAGCUCUAUAUUGUCAAGCUGGCCGCAUUCCUUGUUAUUCUGGGAGGAGUGACCCACAUGGACGGACGAGGCAGCAAGGUGAGGGGCGAGUGUCACAUGCUAAUGGUAGGGGACCCAGGGACCGGCAAGUCCCAGAUCCUAAAGUACGCCAGCAAGCUCUCACCCCGGUCAGUCAUCACAACUGGUAUUGGGUGCACUAAGGCAGGACUGACUGUGGCUGCUGUUAAAGAGGGUGGAGAGUGGGCUCUGGAAGCUGGAGCUAUGGUACUGGCUGACGGCGGGGUGUGUUGUAUAGACGAGCUGAGCUCUAUCAGGGAGACAGAUAGGGUGGCUAUACACGAGGCCAUGGAACAACAGACUAUCAGUGUUGCUAAAGCUGGACUGGUGUGUAAGUUAAACACAAGAACCACCGUGCUGGCAGCUACCAACCCACGAGGCUCCUACGAUAUCACCCAGCCCAUCUCCGCUAAUGUUCCUAUCGGCACCCCACUUCUCAGCAGGUUUGACCUGAUAUUAGUGUUGUUUGACGACCACACGCCUACCUGGGACAGUCUGGUAGCGGGAUAUUUGCUGAAGGAGCAAGCUGUUAUCGAGGAGAACAAUAUCCUCAAAAACUAUACGGCGGACACACUGUGGAGUUUCACAGAACUACAACAAUACGUCUCACACGUGAAGAGUCUGACUCCCAAACUUACAAAAUUAGCUAAAGAAGUGCUGGGAAGGUAUUACAGACUUCAGAGGGAACAGAUCUCACGCAAUGUGUCCCGAACUACUAUCCGCAUGUUGGAGAGUUUAGUUAGGUUAUCACAAGCGCACGCUAAGCUGAUGAUGCACGAGAGAGUGGAGUUAGAGGACGCUAUAGUUACUAUAUCCCUGGUUGAGUGCACCAUGCUCAACUCUUCCCUCCUCGGGAGUGUUAGUGUCCUUCACUCUGUCUUCCCUGCUCAGCCUGAACUGGAGUUCAACAAACAGAAGACACUGGUACUAGAAGUACUGGGACUACCUCCUAACUACGGAGAGAGCAAUGAACCUGCACCACAAACAAUAGCACCCACCAGACGACGAGGCCCUGUACUGGAGACUGAUGACCCGGUAGAGGUCCCCUCAUUCCAUGUCAAUACCCAGGAACUACGAAAAGAGUUAGACCGUCAAGAAAAGAAGCGCGCUCCGAUCCCUACCCAGUCCCUGAUUAACGGAGACACAAAUCCUGAGUCAAAAGUUCCUCAAAAGAUUGUCCACAAACCAUGCAAGAAGACUAGACUGCAGCCUCCAAGACAUAAACCUGCCAACUUUAUUCAAGAUGCUUCAAGUGAUUCGUCAGCAUGCUCCUCUGCUAGCGCCCUGCCACAAAAGACCAGUUUUGCGGAAUUAGUCCGAAAUUUUAAGGCAAACAAAAGAGCUAGAAUCGCUACUCCGACCCCUGGAUCGACUAACGAGUGCGACCCUACUUUGGAUGACGUUCUAAACGAGGACUUCUCAGACAUAUUGUCACCAGGGCCUAGUGAUAUUUUGUCGCAUUUUAACGUCUCAUAUCCCACUCAAUCUGAUGCAGGGACACAGGCAGGUACAUCGAAACCGAAAUUAACAGAGAGAAUUUUGCUUAAUACACCCCCCUUAGGGUCAGAAAAAGGUCUCAAACUUCAUAUUCUAGAUAAUUCUGUCGAAGAUCCACUGUCAGGCUCAGAUCAGAUGUCUAUAGAGAACACAGAGAGACAGAACACACCAGUUACUAAAAUGUACGCCAAGUUUGACUCAGUCUCUUCUCACCGGCCUAAUAGGGAAGUAGGGAAUCAAGGAGCGGAGAAAACAGGAGUCCCUUCUUUUACCCCUUACGUAAACACUCAAUCAGUGGGUCUGAUGAGCUCUGCAAAUGAGAAUCUACCUCCUCCUCCUCAUUUUAAUCUGUCUCCUGUUGUUAUAGAGACUCUCCCUGGUCCUUUUGACGUCACUCCUUCGCCUGAUGACGUCACACGAGAUGAGUUGGCUGCUAAAACAACGCGCUUGCCUGAGGCAUCCCUAUUUCACAAUAAAUCUGCUGAGAAGUUGAAACGUUUUUCUUAUCAACCUAAAAGAAAAUUGUAAUAUUGCGAAAAUUGGAAUAUAACAUUACAUAUCAAGAACUUUUAGUAAAACUAAGAGUAAGACUUGUAACACUUAUGACUUAACAGUUAAAUUGUUCUCUGUUAUGAUUUUAAAAGAUUGUAUUAUUAUAUUGUUAAUAUAUAGUUUUCUAUUUUGCACAUUUUUUUGUAUUUAAAAGUCAAACUCAAAUAUGUUAUACUAUAUCUA